UAUCUCUAUAGUUCAAUUUGAUAUUGUUUUUUCAAAAACAAUAUAUCCGAUUGCUAUGUACGGAACAUUUGCUGGAGAAACGUCUUCUUUAGAACCUAAUCAGGAACAUUGUAAUCAAGUAAUAUCACUAAAUCAAUUAAUUUCAUUGAAAAAGAAAUUCAAGAAUUGUUCUUUUUUUUAAUGAUUUCUAAUUUCAAGGAGAAUGUCAUUACAUGUUCUAAUCUCAACUAUCGUGUAAAUGUAAGAGGGAGCUGCUUUUCUCUUUUUAGUAAACCAUACGAGAAACUUGUACUGAAGAGUGUAAAUGCUUUGUUUAAAAACGGAACAACAGCAAUAAUGGGUCCAACUGGUGGAGGAAAAUCCUCUCUACUUGACAUCUUAGCUGAUCGAAAAUCUACAUCUGGUAUUGAAGGAACUAUUUUAAUGGAUGGAAAAGAAAGAGGCCUAAAUUUUAAGUCAAUAACAGGUUAUGUUACUCAAGAAGAUGUGAUUAUGGGUACUCUAACAGUUAAAGAAAAUAUCAUGUUUUCCGCCAAUAUGCGUUUACCGUCGAAAUUAUCAAAGGAGAUAAAGAAAUUUAUGGUUGAGGAAGUUUUAGACGAAUUAGGCUUAACCGAUGUAGGAGACAGUAGAGUAGGAACGGAAUAUCUGAGAGGGGUAUCGGGGGGGGAGAGAAAGAGAACUUGUAUUGGCAUGGAAUUGAUCAUUAGACCGUCUAUUCUGUUUUUAGAUGAACCUACUUCUGGAUUAGAUUCUUCAACCUCUUAUUCAGUAAUCUGUUUGUUAAAUGAAUUAGCAAAAAAAGGAAGGAUAGUUGUGUUAUCGAUACACCAAGCAAGAUAUGGCAUUUUUAAAAUGAUAGAUAAUUUAUUACUUUUGGGAAACGGGUCUGUCAUAUAUCACGGGCCGACAGAAAAUGCUCUACCAUAUUUUAAUUCUAUUGGAUAUCAGUGCGAAGAAUUUAAUAACCCCGCGGAUUUCUUUCUAGAUGUUAUUAAUGGAGAUUUCGAUAAAACCAAAUCGUUUAUUGAAAGUUCCAAAGAACACAAUAUAUCCAUUUCUAAAGGUUUAUCAUUCAAAGUUACUACUGUUGUAUUUCACAAUUCUAUCUUGUUUUACAUCUGUGUAUUUUCUGACAGCUUUCGAAAUGUCUGAUAGAAAAAGUAGAUUUAUCAAACAAAGGAGUGAUAAGUUAGCUCGACUUUUUGAAAAAUCAAAAUACUACGCAAGAGUUGUUGAAGAAAUUCACCAGCGAAAUGCAUCAAUAAAUCAGCCUAGCUGUAAGAAGAUCCAGUAUAUAACAUCAUUUACAACUCAAAUCCUUCAUCUAAGUCAUAGAACAAUGAUAAAUUCAAAAAGAAAUCCAGCCUCAAUGUUUGCCCAGAUAUUUGUCAUGAUUUUAUUAUCAAUACUGAAUGGGCUUGUCUACUAUCAUGUUGAAAAUAAUAUUUCUGGUCUAACAAACAGGUGAAUCUGUGCCAAGAUCUCAUUAUCUCUUUUCGGAUAUUUAUAUAUCGAAAAAAUAUAUAUAUAUUGGCCAUUGAGCAAUCAGCUAAGUCGCGUCAUGGAAUCAAAGGAGUCUAAUGAAAUUUUCUUUUCUAGAGUCGGUUCCAUUUUCUCCACAACGUUGAAUAUGGUUUUUAUUAAUUUGGCUGCAAUUGAACUAUUCAUCAAAGAAAAACCUCUUUUCAUGUAAUUUCUAUUUAUUAAUUUUUCAAAAACUCUUUUUUGAGAAUUCUUUAAACUUAAAGGCAUGAAAACACAGGAAGAUAUUAUAGGGUUUCUUCAUAUUUCAUUGCGAAGUUUUUCUGCGACAUCAUACCGAUUAGAAUAUUUCCAGCUAUGGUUUAUGGCGCAAUUGUAUAUUGGAUGAUCGGAUUGCAUUGCAAUUUGGCGUCAUUUUUUACAUUCUUAGCAUUCUGUUGUUUGACUUCAUUGACAACUUGUAGCCUUGCAUUUGCAAUAAGUGCUGGAAUAAAGAAUUUUACUCUUGCUCAAGUAACCUUGGCUUUUCUCUGCGUGGUAAUGAUGAUAUUUAGUGGAUUUAUGGUUAAUCUGGAUUCAAUAAAACCUUACCUUCAAUGGAUAAAAUGGUUAAGCAUCGUCAGAUACUCUUUUGAUGGUUUAUUAAUUAAUGAAUUGCAAAAUCUAACAAUAUGCCAAAAUUAUCCGUUUUAUCGAAAGCAAAAGUUUUGGUAAUAAAAAAAAUUAAAAUUUUUAGAAUUCAUUCCAAAUAUAAGUACUUUGUAAUAAUUGUAGCUCGAAAGAAAUUGCACGAUACUAUUUAAGAAACUAUCAAGGUAUAACAUAUGAAACAAAUUGGGAUUUAUGGCAAAAUUUUUUAGCUCUUUUCUGUCUGUUUUUGAUUUUUACUGUUAUAGCUUACGUCCAAUUAAGACUAUUGAGAAAGACAAAAUAACAUGUAUGAAAAUUGUAACUAAAUAAUCUUUUAUAUAUCAUUUUCUCGACUAAAUAAAAUUUUUAAUGAAUUAUGUAUCUCCU